AUGACGUUUGUGUUAAACGGCAAGGACGAUGGUGACGAGCAGCUGUUGGUGUCCGCUUUGGAUGCGGACUGCCUGGACUUCGUCAUUAGGCAUGCCGACGCCUCGGUAGCUGUCGAUGCUUUGCUGUCUGCGUCGCGCCGAGCUGUUCGUCGCGCCAGGCUCCGCCUCCUGCUGCUGCCGGUGGAUAGGGACCAUCCCGUCAACGCGAGCGACGUCUUUGGUCUCCCAGACAUCAAGCUCGUCCCUGAUAUCCUGGUGGCCAGGACAGUGGAUGAGGGAAACAGGUUAACAGUCUUGCCAAGCAACGAGGCUCAGUCGGCAAUCUCAUCUUGCAUCACCAGCUUCAAGCUGGUGACAGUAAAAUUUACAGGUCAAGCGACAUGGCGGGACGAGCUGGUGGUGGCGAGGUGGUACUCCGGGAGCGGCUUAGACCAGCCACUGGCUGAGCCGUUUCCAUGUAGACUGACAAACUUGGAGGGCCGCCAGCUGAUUUUCGCGACUCUUCACUAUCCUCCAUACGUCGUACUGGAGGGCGCUCCAGGAAUCCUCGACGGCACAGAGACCCGCAUUCUUAGCGAAUUCAUCAACAAGGUGAAUGCCAGUUGGCAAGUGACGGAAUACGCCGAGGAGAAAUGGGGCGCCAUCUGGGACAACAACGGCUCGGGGAACGGCAUCCUGGGCGCGGUGGUGAAUGGCGAGGCGGACGUGGCGUACGCGGCGGUGUACCAGUGGUUCCACGAGUACCUGUAUCUGGACUACACGCGGCCCUACGUGCGCACCGGCAUCACAUGCCUGGCGCCGCGGCCGCUGGUGCAGUCCGGCUGGCAGGUGCCGCUGCUGCCCUUCUCGGCCAACAUGUGGGCCGCCGUCGCAUCCUCCGUCCUACUCGCCACUCUCGCCCUCUUCGCUACCAAGAUGGCUACCACCUGGGUUCUAGGCAGCGUUGGCGGGUCUGCGGAUGGGCGGUACUCGUCGGUGGAGGACUGCUUCUUCCGGUCGGUGGGCCUGCUAGUGCUGCAGGCGCCGGACGUGGAGCGGCGCCACACACGUGUCGUGGGCCCCACGCGCCACGUGCUGUCCUGGCUGCUGAUCGCCUACCUGCUCGUCACCGCCAGCUACGGCAGCGGACUCUCCUCCGUGCUCACUGUACCCAGGUACGACCCUCCCAUUGACACCGUGUCUGACCUGCACUCCAGCGGCCUGGAUUGGGCAGAGACGCACAUUGCGUGGCUCAAUUCACUGCGAGAGCGAACCGAGGACAUCUUCAGAGACCUCUGCCGGCGUUUCCGCGUGAUGAAGGAGGGCGAUCUGCACGCCAGGACCACAACGCGGGAUCUGGCCUUCCCCAUGGAGCGGCUGCCGUCAGGCUACUUCGCCAUCGGCGAGUACAUCGACGAGGAGGCGGCGAGCAAGUGGCUGCGCCCGAUGCGAGAGGACAUCUACUGGGAGUGGGUGGUGAUCGCGGUGCCCAAGCGCUGGCCCCACCUGGAGCAGCUCGACGGGCUCAUCGACCGGCUGAUCGAGUCCGGCCUGCUGCUCGCCUGGGAGGGGCAGGUGUCGCGGCAGUGGAUGGCGCCCCGCGUGCAGCUGGCCGUGCAGGCGGGCGCGCGCGCCUCCUCGCCGGCCGGCGACGACCCGGUGCAGCUGCGGCUUUCGCACGUGCAGGGAGAGUUCGCGCUGCUCACGCUGGGACUCUGCCUCUCACUGAUCGCCUUCGUGGCCGAAAUGGUUGCCAACAAGUACUCCUCCACCGUCGUGGAGCGGGAGUCGCCUUCCGCAGCGGCGAAGGCACUGCAGCGGCCGGAAGAGCGCCGGUGGAGGGAACACCGCACGCCUCUAACUGCGAAGCACAGACGCGGCCAAACAGCUAUCAAGCACUUCGUUAUUGACCUAGCAUUACAAGAAAAUGCAAUUCUAUGGUAG